AUGGCCUCGCGCAUCGAAUCCCUGGCCACGACCAUCGCCGACUCGGCCCAGCAACUACGAACCCUGCUAGCGCAGCACGGUAUAGCGGAGCCCUCGUUUGCCGCCACUUGCCCUCCGUCGCUGGCGCUGCCCCCGCCCGUCGAGGCCGCACGCAACGCCCUCCUGCACGCCGCGUGCGAGAUCCAGGAUCUGCUGCUCGACCCGGCCGAUCUCCUGCGCUCCUAUGCCAUUCACGCCCACCUCAUCGCCCUGCACUUCAUCCAACAAUUCAACGUCGCGCACCUGGUCCCUCCCAACGGAACCGUCUCCUUUGCAGCCUUAUCCGCGCAAUGCGACGUCCCUGAAGCCGACGUCCGGCGCCUCCUCCGCCACGCGAUGACCAUCCGUGUCUUCGACGAGCCCGCCGAGAACGAAGUCGCCCACACGCGCGCCAGCAUGCUGCUGCGCCAGGAAGGGUUCCAUGGCUGGAUUGGCUCGACGUGCACGAAUAGCUGGCCCGGCGCGACCAGGACGAUCGAGGCAUUAACGCGCUUUCCCGGCUCCGAGGAGCCCACUGAGUCGGGCUUCGCGCUGGCCAACAACGGGCAGGCGCUGUACGAGGCGCUGGCGCAGUCGCCGGCCCGCGCCGCCACGUUCGCCGCCAGCAAGCGCGGCUACGCGUCGGGGGCGGCCAUGGGCCCGGCGGCACUGGUCGCCUCCGUCCACCCGCUCCUGGCCGGCCUCCCGGCGAACAGCGUGGUCGUCGACGUGGGCGGCGCGCAGGGCGACAUCAGCUUCGCGCUGGCGGCCGCGUUCCCGCACCUGCGCUUCGUGGUGCAGGAUCUGCCGGGGGUGGUCGCUCGCGCGAGGGCGCAGCAGCAGCAGCAGCAGCCGCCGCCAUCCGCAGCAACAGACCGAGUCUCCUUCCAGGCGCACGACUUCUUCACCCCGCAACCGCCCACCACCCCAGCAGCGCGGGUCUUCUACCUGCGCCACAUCCUCCACAACUGGGGGGACGGCCACGCCAUCCGGAUUCUGCGGCAGCUGCGGCCGGCGCUGCGCGCGGGGGCGCGCGUGCUCAUCCACGACCACGUGCUAGAGCGGUACCCGGCGCAGGAGCCGAUGUGGAAGCGGCGGCUCGCCAGCGCGAUGGACCUGAAUAUGCUGCUGCUGCUGAACGCGCGCGAGCGGGACGAGGCGCAGUGGCGGGGGCUGCUGCAGGAGGCGGACGAGCGGUUUCGCUGGGUCGGGGUCCGGCGGGUGGAGGGGAGCGCGUUGGCGGUCGUGGAGGCUGUUUGGGAUGAUGGCCUUUGCCCUGGGACUUCCGGUGCUGAUACAAGCACCACUGGUUGA